GUUUGCGGCCUCCUUGAAGUGGAGGCUGACUUGAGGUAUUUCGCGCUCCACUCCCUGACUGAUUGCCAGCAGACCCAGCACGAUUUCUGGCAGGUCCUGGCUGGCAGCAAUUUGGAUGGCAAGUUGUUUUCUUUCAAAGUCGUUGGCGCGUGGAAGUGUUCCCCAUGGCAGGUGCGGGCCGCUGGCCACGAGGCCACCAGAUGUUUCUUCCUCGAGUUCCCUGACGGGGCGCCGUGGAUCAGCAAUGCCACGAAAGGUUUGAGCGCAGCGAUGGAGGGGUACGAUGACACGAUAUUCUCUUUGAAAAAGGUGCGCCGUCUUGUCACGCGCAAGGAGAGCAAGGAAAUAUUAUUAGAACGGUGUUUCAACACUGGCGCAGCGUUGGGUUUCAAAAGAGAUAUCGAGAGGUUCCACGCAGAGGUUUACGAGGACCGCUGGAACACCGUGUCGCACGCCAUAUGCAGCAUUCUUGACAUUGAAGUUGCUUUGUGCAACGGUUGGAAUCUGCACGCUUACUCUGACGGCGCAAAAGCUUCCAAGGCGCCCGACCCCAAUGCCGACGACGAGCACGACGCUAGGUUGGACCUCGUCGACGCCGCCAUCCUUGAUGCUAUUUGGUGGGCUAAGUUGGUAGCGUUGCGGGUCUUUGCACAGGGGCAGCGGCAAGCCGUCCGAUGGGCGUCGCAUUGCCCAUGCCAUUGGCCGACAAUUGAGAUUACCGGGUCGGAGGCAGAUGCUCCUCGCGACGUCAUGGGCGUCAUCAACGCAUGCCCUUUGCGGGGGCGUCGGGGGCCCGAACUAGCCAACGGCGAGUUCUUCGAC